GUUACUGAUUUAAUGGAGAGCUCUAUGGGCAACUGCGUUGGUAUCAUACAAGAGGCCAUGGUUGAUUUUUAUCCUUACUUAUCUCGUACAUUUGUUGGCUCUAACGGCCAAGAUCUUCUACGAGAAGGUUUCUACUCUAAUUGUAUAUAUUCCUUGAAAAGUGGCAAACCAGUAGUAGAGCUGAUAAUGCUCCUUUCCUCUCAGGAAUGGCAAAUCGCUCUUCAAAAAUAUUUUGGUGCGGCGUUUAUUGAAUUAAUUAACGAGGGACGAAUAAUAUCUCACUCCGUUCGUGAUCAAAUUAUGUCGUUGGCUAAAGAAGCAAAAGUGAUAUUAGAUGAUCGUCUAUCUGAUGAAUUUACGAAACGAGAAGCUUUUGAGGUAUAUAGAAAAUAUACAGUUAAAGAACUCAUUACUGAAGCUCAGCAGUACGAUCGAAUGCUUGUCUCUAUUAAGAAACGUCAUCGAGAUGUUGGUGAAUACUUAUGGAAAAAGAUCUAUGAUUCUCUGACGAAUGAACUUGGAGUAUGGAAAGGAGAUAAGAAGGCUGAAAAUGCUAUUAGAUACUUAUGUCUGGAUAGAUGGGAAGACACGAAGAGAAGGCGCUUUAGAUUAGUUCCGAAUCCGUUUGGAUCUUCACAUCCUGGGGCCACGCUUGAGUCUCAUCUGCGAGAUAUGGCUCGACAGCUAUUUAGAACCAGGGCAAAAAUAUCGGCUUCAAGUGAUACCGAUGACGAAUCCAACAGAUCAUUCGAUAUUCCUGAUGACAAUAAUGCAGAAUUCGUGUCUUCUCCUGAGUUAGAUUUUGGAUUAGGAGGACCUAUAGUCUGCGCUGUGGAAUGUAGUAUGCUCGCACCGGGUGUAGUCCUACCAGGCAAUUUAACGUUAACUACUUCAACGCUAUACUUUACUGUUGAUGACGAUAACGUGGAAACCAAAAGUAUUGACCCUCAGGUUCUAGUUUAUGUCAAUGACAUUCAUGGGAGAUGGAGUUUUGAUAAAAUCCGUGCUGUUUAUAGUCGUCGUUAUCUAUUGCAGAACUGCGCUAUUGAAAUAUUUCUCGCAAACAGAAGAUCGGUUAUGUUCAAAUUUGCUGAUAGCCAAACAGUUAAAAAGGUAAUUAACAAUUUACCAUCAAUUGGUAUUGGAAAAAUUUAUGGUGCGCCCCGAGCCAGGGCAACAAGCACGUUAAUUCCAAGUCGACUUGUUCGUAAAUGCAAUAUGACGCAGAAAUGGAUCAAUGAAGAAAUAAGCAACUUUGAAUAUAUUAUGUUCUUGAACACUAUUGCAGGUAGAACUUAUAAUGACUUAAAUCAAUAUCCCAUAUUUCCCUGGAUAUUAACAAAUUACAAAGCGAAUGAAAUUGAUUUAAAUGAUCCUGCUAACUAUCGGGACUUAUCUAAGCCUGUUGGAGCAUUAGAUCCGCAUAGGCGUAAUAAGUUUAAGAAUAGAUAUGAAUCAUGGCAAGAUGAUGAAAUUCCAGCUUUUCACUAUGGCACACAUUAUUCAACGGCAGGAUUCGUCUUAGCUUUUUGCUUACGCAUGGAGCCAUUUUCAACGCUAUUUAUAAACAUGCAAGGAAAUAAAUUUGAUUCACCAGAUCGUUGCUUUAGUUCUGUUGCUCAAGCCUGGGAGAAUUGCCAGCAAGAUACAGCAGAUGUUAAGGAGUUAAUCCCAGAACUAUUUUAUCAGCCGGACAUUUUAUUGAACAACAAUAAGUUUGAUCUAGGAAUUACAAGUGAGGAUGAAAUCGUUAAUCAUGUUAAACUACCACCUUGGGCUAAAUCUUGUCAUGAUUUUAUUGAAAUUCACAGGAUGGCCCUAGAAUCAAAAUAUGUCUCACAACACUUGCAUGAAUGGAUUGAUUUAAUAUUUGGUUAUAAACAAAGAGGUCUUGAAGCAAUUUCGUCAAUGAACGUGUUUUAUUACUUGACUUAUGAGGGAAAUUGCGAUCUUCAGGCAAUACAAGAUCCCGUGAUGAGAGCGGGAAUUGAGCAGCAAAUAAGAAAUUUUGGACAAACUCCAUCGCAACUGUUCAUGGAACCUCAUCCACCACGUCAAAUGAAGGUAAUAGUGACCUUCACUCUUGUUGUUUAUUUCAAAAAAGUGUUUAAUAUCAUAAGUAUGAAAACGGUAGUUACGAACAAUGUUCCGAUAGCCUAUGUGAAGAGUUGUACCCAGUCUUCUUCCAUGUCCGCUUCAGUGAUUACUAUUAGUUACAAUCAAGUUUAUGCCGUUAACAAAUGGAUGAUGUCGACCAGUGUAAAUAAUAAUACAUUAUCUCUUUUACCUGCUACGAAGUUAAUUUUUAAUAUAAAAAACUACACUACACCAAGUGGCCUAGCGCAGCGACGUUUAGGAGAACCUAUGGAUCAAUCUGUUACGCCAUCAACACAUUGCUUCUGUUGUAUUUGUGAGAAUCGAUUUAUUUUGGCUUGUGGAUAUUGGGAUAAAAGUUUUAAGUGCUUUUCGACAGAAACCGGUAAAUUGACUCAAAGUAUAUUUGGGCAUUGGGAUGUUGUUACAUGCUUAUCUAGUACGGUAGAUAUUCAAUCCGAUAACAAUGACUUAAUAAUCGUAUCGGGAUCGAGAGAUGCUACAAUUUUGGUUUGGUCUUGGAAUGGACGUCGCGAGAGAAUUGUUGGGGAAAAUAAUGUUAUUGACGCUGGUGCACCUAGAGCUAUUGUAACUGGCCAUGAAAAUGGAGUUGUUUGCGUUGAAUGCAAUGGAGAAUUAGGAUUAAUUGCCAGUGGAUCAAUAGGCGGGCCAUGUUUGAUACAUACAUUAUCUGGUGAAUUGUUACACGUGAUGUCCGUACCCUUGUAUUGCCAGCGACCAUUCCAAAUUUGCAUUUCUGAUCAUGGCACGAUUGCUGUCAAUUUCACUGAUAAUAAGGGUUACUUAAUAGUUUUUACCGCUAAUGGUAAACUUUUAUAUGAACGGGAACUGGAGGAACGAAUACUAGCUAUGAAAUUAAGUAGCGAUGGCAAAUUUAUCAUUGCUGGUGGAUUCCGAAAGUGCAUCGAAAUUUGGCAGUUGCGUAAUUUACGUUUGUGUCAUUCAAUGACUAACUGUGAUAGUAGCGUUCGAGCUAUUGAUUUAUCCCACGAUGAAAGGUUCGUAGUUGCAGGAUUGGCAAGUGGAGGAUUAAUUGCACAAAGUAUCAACUUAUCCAAAUGGUCAAGUAGCUGUUUUUAUUCGUAG